UUCUUUCGAGUGCAACAAACUAGGUACUUAAACAAUUGGACAUUGUCAUUUCGUGAAUGUUUUUUAUCGGUGAAUAAAGUGUAUCUUCUUAACGAAUAAAACUUUGUUGUUUAGAAAUCUAAAACGCAAAAUGACGGUACAAACACCAACUUUCGAAAUUUCAAGAUCCGAAGAAAUCGUGAUUUCAGGAAUUUCUGGAGUGUUCCCAAAUAGUAACAAUAUAACAGAAUUCAAAGAGAAUUUAUUCGCCGGAAAAGACAUGACUACAUUAGUCAACCGAUGGAAUACAGAUGACAAUAAACCAGUAAAAAUGGGCGCGUUGAAAAGUUUGGAUCGUUUCGAUCAUUCAUUUUUUCGUUUAAAUCGUACGCAUGCUGAGGGAAUGCCAGUUGGUUCAAGGUUUCUUCUUGAAAGAACAUUCGAAGCAAUUGUGGACGCUGGUUAUAACCCAUCCCAAUUAAAAGGAAAACGUAUUGCUGUCAUUUGCGGAGUUGGCGACAGUGGGAUAAAAAUGGAUGCAAAUGGCUCAUAUGAACACGCAUCAAGCGCUCUGGGUGCUCAAAAAUUCAUGUUGGCAAACAGAAUAUCUUAUUGGUUGGAUGUUAAUGGACCAAGUUUUUCAUUAGAAUCAGCUUCUUCUUCAUCACUCCAUGCAAUCGACCAUGCAUAUAAACUUAUCCAAACUGAAGUAUGUGAGGGAGCAAUUGUAUGUACUCCUAAUUUGUGCUUAAAACCACCAAAUACUGUUUAUGAGAGGGAAAUGUUGAGUCCAGAAGGAGUUUGCAAACCUUUUGAUGCUGAUGGAAACGGAUUAACAAGAGCUGAAGCAGUCGUUGUAGCGUUUUUACAAAAGAAGAAAGAUGCCAGAAGAAUUUAUGCCAAAAUUGUACAUUCUAAAACAAAUUUUGACUUCGAACAAAGAGGUAUUUCGAUUCCUUCAGAAAAGCUGCAGCAGGAAUUGUACCACCAAUUUUAUAAGGAAAUUAACAUAGAUCCAUCGUUAGUAGCUUAUCUAGAAGCUCAUGCAGUAGGGAUUCAGUUAGGAGAUGAGGCAGAAGCGACUUCAAUUCAAGAAUUUUUCUGCGCCAAUCGUACAAGUUCGCUGAAAAUAGGGUCAGUGAAUUCCAACAUGGGUCACGCUGAAGCAGCCUCUGGAAUUUGUUCAUUAGCUAAAAUGAUCGUCUCUUUUGAAGAGAAAAUGAUACCUCCAAAUUUACAUUACAAGAAUCCUAAUCCGUGCAUUAAAGGUUUACAAAAUGGACAAUUAGAGGUGGUCACAAAACCAAUACCUCUGGAAGGCGAAUAUUUUGCCAUCAAUUCUUUUGGUUUAGGAGGAGCUAACGGGCAUAUUCUGCUAGCGCCGCAUAAAAAAGAGAAAAAAAUAAAUAAUGCAGUAAUCGAUGAUGAUUUACCAAGGCUUGUUACAGUUUCUGGACGCACUGAAGAGGCACUAGACUACAUUUUGAAUGACGUGGAGAAAAAUCAUACUGACGUCGAAUACAUAAGACUAAUACACGAAGUUUUCAGUGAAGACAUCAGCGGUCAUGUUCAACGAGGUUACGUAAUAAUCAAUAAUAAUAAAGAGAAUGUGAAAUCCAAAAAAUUUUCAUCCGGAGAGAAACGUCCAAUUUGGUUUGUGUUUUCUGGCAUGGGAUCUCAAUGGCCUGCAAUGGGAAAAUCACUCAUGAAGAUACCAGUUUUUGAGAAAUCCAUUCGAAAAAGUCACGACAUUUUAAAAGCGAAAGGAAUGGAUUUGAUCGAAAUUCUUACGAACGAUGAUCCGAAAGUAUUCGAUAAUAUUUUGAAUUCAUUCGUCGGAAUAGCCGCCAUUCAAAUUGCCAUGAUUGAUGUAUUGAGAAUCCUCGAUGUGAAAGCAGAUAAGAUAAUAGGCCAUUCUGUUGGAGAAUUAGGUUGUGCGUAUGCUGACGAAUGCUUUACUGCAGAACAGACAAUAUUAGCAGCUUAUUAUCGGGGAUUAGUUUCUUUGGAGACUGAAUUCAUUCAUGGUACAAUGGCGGCAGUAGGUCAAGGUUACAAUACUUUGAAGGAUAUUGUGCCUCCGGAAAUUGACAUCGCUUGUCAUAAUAGUUCUACCAGCUGUACGAUAUCAGGUCCUACGGAAAAAAUUAAAGAAUUUAUAAAAGAACUGCAAGACAAAAAUAUAUUUGUUCGCGAAGUGAACACAUCAAACAUCGCAUAUCAUAGUCGCUAUAUUUCCUCCGCGGCUCCAGCAUUGAUUUCUCAUUUAGAAAAACUCAUUCCAGAGCCAAAACUUCGUUCAGACAAAUGGAUAUGCACCUCGGCUCUGGAGCAUGAAUGGAAUACCGAAAAAAUCAAAUAUUCGUCUGCUGAAUACUAUACCAAUAACUUAUUGAGUCCAGUAUACUUUGAAGAAAGCUGUGCACACAUUCCUGAAAAUGCUAUUGCUAUUGAAAUAGCCCCCCAUGGUCUUUUAAAUGCUAUUUUAAAACGAACACUUCCAGCAACGGUGGAAAAUAUACCGUUUGCGCUGAGAAAUCAUGAAAAUGGCGUCGAAUUCUUUUUGAACUCUUUAGGGAUAAUGUAUGAAGCUGGCUGUAAUCCCAAACUCAGUAACAUUUACCCAGAAGUUGAAUUUCCUGUUAGUCGAUCAACUCCGAUGAUUUCACCAUUAAUAAAAUGGCAACACGACGAAAAGUGGUACACAGGCAUAAGUGAUUCAGAAUAUGCGACAACAGGAGUGCAAGAUAUUAUUGUGAACCCACAAAAAGACUGCUUUAAAUACAUCAAAGACCACUUCAUUGAUGGAAGAAAUUUAUACCCAAGUUUAGGAUACUUGGGACUCAUUUGGGAAACAAUUGCAAAGAUGCAAAAGAAAAAUAUUGAGACAGUUCCAGUGAUAUUCGAAAAUGUGCGUUUCGAACGAGGCACAAAUAUUCCCAAAAUAGGUGCAGUUAAAUUCCAUGUAACCGUUCAUUUAGGAACAAAUAGUUUUGAGGUUGCUGAAAAUGGAACCGUUGUGGUAACAGGAUUUGCACGUAUACCUCAGUUUAUUGAUAAGGAAGUAGUCAACGUGACAGAUUGUCAAAAUGAUGUAUCUGAAACUUAUAGCCCAGCUUUGAACAAUGAAGAUUUUUAUAAAGUAUUAAAAUCAAAAGGAUACCAUUAUGAAGGGCUCUUUAAAAAAGUAGCCGAAGCUAAUUUUGAAGGAACGAGUGGAAAAGCAUUAUGGUGUGAUAACUACAUCACAUUUAUGCACACGAUGACACAAAUUAAGGCCUUGUACGUUAGAAGUCAUAAACCAUUAGUUCCCACAUUUGUGCGUAAAAUUAUUAUCGAUGUAAAUAAACACAUGGAAAUUCGGCAAACCUUGAAUAAAGAAUACCCAGAAUUUUUAGUAAAUUACUAUCCCAACAUCGAUUUACUGUGUUCUGGUGGUAUUCAAAUAUGUGGUUGGAGUGAUAGAGAAGUAAUAUGCAGACCAUUUCAAACAGAUUUGUUGUUGGAAAAAUAUAAAUUUGUACCAUACAUCAAUGACAAACAGGCGAAUUUGGACGAAGUGAUCAGGAUAUUCAUCCAAAUCGCUGUGGAAAAUAGUACUGAACAUUCUAUGAAAUUGAAAACAUAUGAAAUACUGGAUCAAGAAUGCAAAUUACACAAUCCUUUAAUAUCAACAGUAAUUGUAGAAACAAUGAAAGAUCUAGCACUUGAUACCGAUGUUAAUUUAUUAGUAAAUUCGAUCAACUUGACACAAGCACAAAAUGUUCAACAUGUUAAAAUAUCAACCGGAGAAUUACCUGAUGAUCAGAGCUGUUCAUUAAUCAUCAUCUCAAAUAUUCAAAAUUUAUCAUAUAAAAUAUCCAACGCAUUAAAAAAUGAUGGCUUUAUUAUUGCAAGAGAUACAUUCUGUAACAAAAGUUACAUAAAGAAACACGGGUUCAAUGUUUGCUCAAGUCAAACUAUCAAUUCCAAUGAAAGAUUUUUAUUGCUUAGCAAAAUGAAUAAUCAUAAAAAUAUCUUCAGAGCAAUCAAGUUAGAUAAUAAUUCUUACAACAAUGAAAUAAAAGCAAAAAGAGGAGAAAGAUUAAUUAUCUAUGCUGAAAAAGAACCACUCAGUGCUAUACUGGGAUUUUUCAAUAAUUUUAGACAAAAAAAACAAGGAUCGCGCUCACAGUGUUUCUACAUUAUGGAUAAAAAUGCGCCAUCAUUUUCUUUAGAAAACCAGUUUUAUAAAUCUCAACUUGAUAAGAAUCUUUCGCAUAACGUUUAUAAGGAUGGCCAAUGGGGAAGUUACCGCAACUUGAAGCUACAUCUUUUGAAAAAUGUUCAAGUCGAUCAUGCAUCCUGCAAAUUACAAAGAUGCGCUGAUCUAUCAUCAUUCAAAUGGCAUGAAGAUGUUCACGAUAUUUCAAAGACUAACAAUUCAGAUAGACCAUCAUUCGUUCAUGUUUACUACAGCAGUGUCAAUUUUUACGAUAUUUUGACAUCGGUUGGAAUAUCACCUCCAAAAUUAUUAUCAAACGACAGACGUUUUAAUGAGGGGUUUCAAGGAAUUGAAUAUUCUGGCAAAGAUGUAAAUGGACGGCGAAUAAUGGGAAUAGUACGUGAAAAAGGAAUUGCCACAAUGGUUGAAAGAUUGCCUGGUUAUACUUGGAUAGUACCAGAUAAUAUGUCUUUAGAAGAAGCUGCAACCAUACCAGUCAUAUACUGCAUAGUAAUUUGGGCAUUAUUUUUCAAAAUUCAAUUGAAGGAAGGAGAUUCCGUCCUCAUACAUAGAGGAACUGAAGAUAUUAGUCAAGCCGCCAUUAAUAUAUGCCUUCAUAACAAAUGUGAGAUUUUUACUACAGUUGACAAUCCAAAACAAAAACCAUUCAUCAGAAAAACAUUCCCACAAAUUCCAGAGAGCCAUAUACUCAACAACUCAGACUUAUCAUUUGAAAAGAUUAUAAGGGAACUAACUAAUGGUGAAGGUGUUGAUGUAGUGCUGAAUAACUUAUCUGGGCAAAAACUGCAGGCUUCAGUACGAUGUCUUGGAGUGAGCGGACAUUUUUUUGAACUUGGAAAAUUUGAUAUGAUGGAAAAUAAUUUAUUAGAAUUGAAUCAUUUUAUAAAUGACAUCACAUUUCAUUGCAUACAUUUGGAUGAAAUUAUAUGCAAACAAAAUGGAAUUACCUCGAAACUUCAAGAAAAGAUGCAGAAAAUGAUAGAUCGUGGAAUAAUUAAACCAAUACAACGCACAGUUUUUCAAGCCAACCAAAUUGAAUCAGCUUUCAGAUUUAUGGCAGUUGGAAAAAAUCCAGGAAAGGUUAUAAUUAAAAUUCGAAAUGAAGAAGAUGACUUCAAGGCUACACCAAGUUUAAUUUGCACUGAGGCUACAUCUCGUGUCCUUUGCAAAAAGAAUAAAUCAUACAUAAUAAUCGGAGACUCCACAGGAUCUGAAUUAGAAUUACUGGAGUGGUUAAUUUCACAUGGAGCUCAGAAUAUUAUUUUAUGUUCACCAUUCAAUAUAAAUAAUGGCUAUCAACUUUAUAAAAUAAAUGAAUCUCGAUUAAAUGGAAUCAACGUAGUUAUCUUGAAUGAAAAUACAACCCAGGAAAAGGGAGUGCAAAAUAUACUGAAAAGAGCUAAUUCUUUAGGUUCUGUUGCUGGAAUAUUUGACUUAUCAGAGAUUUCUCAGAAACAAAACGGUCUCAUUGAUUCGAAAAUAAUGACGGCUAUUCAUUUCGAUAGGUUGAGUCGCCAGUUAUGUUCAAAUUUAGAGUAUUUUAUUACAUUCUCAAGUAUGACGGAAGAUGGCGUCAGCGAAUCAAUUUUAAAGAGGAUUUGUGAAACUCGAAAAGCUAAUAAUUUACCAGCUUUAAUGAUACAAAGAAAAACUUUUGAUAAAAUAACGACAAUGAGUGAUUUUGUCGAUGAAAAUGGAGAAACUUCGCAAUUUAAUGUGAAACCUUAUUUGGAUUCACUGGAUUCAUUAAUGAAGCAAUCCAAUCCCAUCAUUACAGCCAGUAUCGCAACAAAGAAGAGCAGCACAAACUCCGACAUCAUAAAUCAUAUAGCCAACAUUUUGAGUAUUGAAAAACUAGAAAAUGAAAAUCUUACAUUGACAUUGCCAGAACUAGGAAUGAAUUCAGUAUUAGCAGUGGAGAUUCAAAAAACUCUAGAAUCACAAUUCAAUAUUUUCGUAGCUUUGAAAGAAUUACAAAACAAAACUUUUGCACAACUAUAUCAAUACAAAAAGUAAUUGACAUGGGACACAAUUCAUUGUAAAGAAUGCGCAAACAGCAAAAAUUUCAAUCGAUUGUUCAUAUGGGAAAAACUUACAUUAUUUAAAGUUGAAUUUUUGUUGAGAUGAUGCCAGAUUUUGAUUCAAACAGCGGAUGAGAAAUACUCGAUAGAAAAUGUGAAUACAUUGAAAAUACUUGAUACCUAUAUGCACUAUUGCACUUACUCGUCCAUUUGUAACGCAAUAUGUACUUAAUUAGGUACUUAAUGUAUGGUAGAUUGGAUAAGACUCACAAUAUCUAAAUUCAAGUCUGAAUUAUUCAUAUGAUAGUAUAGAUAUACGUAUAGGAAAUAACUGGUAUAAGCAAUGUAUUCAAAAAUUAAUUAUUUAAACAAGAAACAAUACCUAGAUCCUUCAUCGUGAAAUGAAAAUAUAUAUUUCUGCACUUUGC